AUGAUCAGGGCCCUGCUGCUGUGCACACUGGUGGCUGCAGAACUGGGUUUCCGUUUGGGGUUCCAUGUGCGGCACACAGUGUCCACCACCGGGUUGCUGCUCCUAGCACUGAAGGCGCUUCCUCUCUUCACAGCCCUCAGCUGCGGGCUCCCCGCUUACCAGCCCCAGCAGAGCAGGGUGGUUGGAGGAGAAGAUGCGAGGCCCAACAGCUGGCCCUGGCAGGUCUCUGUGCAGUACAUCACCUCAGGCAAGUGGUUCCACACCUGCGGAGGGUCCCUGGUGGCCACCACCGGGCCCAGCGGACCGACCCGUCCUGCACAGCGCCUUGCCGCACCGCAGGCCGGCCCAUCUGUGACUCUGCUGAGCUCCGAGACCUACCGUGUGGUGCUGGGCCGGCACAGCCUCUCCACCGACGAGCCCGGCUCUGUGGCCAUCGCCGUCUCCGAGUUCGUGGUGCACCCGAAGUGGAACAGCAGUCUCGCCAAUGGGUACGACAUCGCCUUGAUCAAGCUGGCUGAACCCGUCACCCUGAGCUACAAAAUCCAGCUGGCCUGCCUGCCACCCGCCGGCACCAUCCUGCCCAGCAAUUACCCCUGCUACGUCACCGGCUGGGGCCGGCUACAGACCAAUGGGGCGACUCCCGACAUCCUGCAACAAGGCCUGUUGCUGGUCGUGGACUAUGCCACGUGCUCCAGCGAUAGCUGGUGGGGCGGCUCCGUGAAGACCAGAAUGGUCUGUGCUGGGGGUGACGGUGUGACCUCCAGCUGCAACGGGGACUCUGGAGGGCCGCUGAGCUGCCAGGUGGAUGACGGCAGGUGGCAAGUACACGGCGUAGUCAGCUUCGGAUCCAGUCUCGGCUGCAACUACUACCGCAAGCCGUCCGUCUUCACCCGGGUGUCCAGCUUCGUGGACUGGAUCGAUGAGCCCCGAACCCCUGUGGGUCUGCGCUUCCCCGCGACUCGGCUGGCAAUGCCUGAAGACGUCUCUGUGCAGGGUGAGGAGCUCAGCUCUAGAGGGGAGGGUGUGAUAGCCAGGUUCGGCCCAGCCAGCUCGGAGAGGCCCCGCGGAGCCCACAGCUCUCCGCUCCUCUUCCUCCACGACUGGGCGCUGCUCUUCGACCUAGGCGCUCCUGACACCGGUCCGCCAUGGGGAGGACGCGACUGCCAGCUUCCAACGCCUUGA